CGUCGAGCAGCACGCACGACCGGCGGAUGAGGCACUUGCUCCAAAAUCGCACUCGGCAUCGGGAAACGGGCAGAGAUGGCGGUGGUCAAAUGAAGUGAGGUGAAGUGUGGUUCGGUUAUAAAUAAACAAGGCACGCGAAGCAAACCAAGAAGUUGUUCUGUGCAGACCAGCCGGAAUCGGGAUCGGAUAACUCUCGGGAAAAUCUCUAAAGUAGCUGGUAGAAGGCAUUCCUUGGCGCGCGUUGAAUAACACUGAUAAAAUAAUAUACAGAGCGCGCAAACAUAAAUAAUAUUCCACAUGCAUAGCUCGCAAAUACAUCAGCUGCUAAAAUAAACGGAGCGUUCGCAGCUCCAACAACAACGAGAACAACAGCCGCCCGUCCGCCGCUCAUGACGGCACGGGUGAGCAUCUGGCGAGGAGCAUCAGUAGCAUCACCUUCAGCAGCGAAACAAACCGAAACGAUAAACAGCGAUAGGUAACCGGAAAUCCCUUCAGACGUCAUCAAUGCGAGUGCUGGACCAGACCCGAGCAUGUCCAGGCGCUCGCCAGUGGAAGGCCAGACGGAACCGGAACUAAGACCGAAACGGAAACGAACCGCGAAGACAUGUCAUCCCGACGAAGCUCCUUUCGCCGGAAGGAGAAGCCGGCCUUCGAGCGCUUCAAGGACCACUGCCGCCACUUCACGGCUUUCAUGUUCAGCAACGUGGGCAUCAUUCUGCUGGUCACAUUUUAUAUUAUCGGCGGAGCGUUCAUAUUCCAGAGCAUCGAGAUAUUCGAGUACGAGCGGCUCAAGUCGGAGAAACCGCACCACUUUAUAGCCCGGAACUUUAGCGGCGAAUGCCUCAGCCGCAUAUGGGAGCUGACGGCGGAGAACAUCAGCUUCUUCGACCACCACGCCUACAGGAGACGGGUCAACGAUGUACUUCUGGAUUAUCAGAGGGCCAUAGUGAAGAAGCAGCUCAAGGGACCCGACGUGGAGCAGUGGAGCUUCUCCGGAGCCUUUCUGUACUCGCUAACGGUGAUCACGACGAUCGGAUACGGGAACAUUACACCGCACUCUGAGUGGGGAAAGCUGGUGACCAUUCUGUAUGCAAUAAUUGGCAUGCCGCUGUUCUUGCUUUACCUGUCCAACAUAGGCGACGUCCUGGCCAAGUCCUUUAAGUGGAUUUACUCAAAGGUGUGCUUGUGCCGCAUUUGCCCCGGCGUGGCCAAGCGCCGGAUAAUUCGCGAGAGACGAAAAAUGCGUCAAUUGGCCAGAGCGCUCCAGAUGCACGACAUGGAGAAUGCCCGGGGAAGCAGCAGCUACACUAGCACCAGCAGUACCACCUCAUCCAACAGCAGCAGUAGUGAAUACACCAGGAGUUCCCGACAGAGUUCCAGCCUCAUGGAUAUUCCGUACACCGAGUCUGACUCGGAUAUCGAGCGCGAAAUACGAGGCAGCACGGAUGAGAUUACAGUGCCAGUCACUGUGUGCGUCUUCGUUAUGGUCGGGUAUAUCCUCUGGGGUGCGCUGCUCUUCGGUCGUUGGGAGGACUGGAACUACCUGGAUGGGAGCUACUUCUGCCUCAUAUCGCUCAGCAGCAUUGGAUUUGGAGAUCUGGUGCCAGGCGAUCGUGUGAUAACUGCCGACAGAGAUAAGGUGGAGGUCAGCUUCAUUCUCUGCGCCAUAUAUUUGCUGCUCGGCAUGGCCGUGAUUGCCAUGUGCUUCAAUUUGAUGCAGGAACAGGUCGUUCACAACAUUCGGACGAUAAAAAGGGCCUUCAAGGCCUGCUUCCGAUGCCGCACCUCUUAGGAACCAAGUGGCCCUAUCACAAAGAUGUCCCGUCGUACAAAGUCAUAUUUUUAUUCGCUGUUAGUAU